UUUAAUUAUUCAAUUCAAUUUACGCCACUGCUUGUUCUUAGUUACAUAAUUUAUUUUUGUAAUUAAUUAUAGUACAAUUGUGUAAAGUUAGUUUUAGAAACUAUGUCUGAUGAUGUUGACAAACCUGCUCCUGAAAAUGUGGAAACGGUUCAGGUUGAGGGUGCUCAGGCAUCCGGAGAUGCUGAACAGAAGGCGGAAGACGUCGAACAUACUGCCGUGAAAAUAGAUGAACUCUCAAAAAAAUAUUCAAGAGAAAGACGUCCCACACUAGAGGCUGACGAUAGUGAUGAGGAGCGGGUAGUCGUGGAUCGCACUGCUCUUGAAGCUAUUUUGGAUGUCAGUUCCAGACUGAAGGACAUUCAGAAAAAGAGUAGAGUUUCAAUGAGCACUCUUGCUCUUGGCCACGAGUCUUAUAAAGACAAGCAAGCGAAAGCUAAAGAAGCUCGUAGCGCCCGCAUGGGAGGUAUAAAAACACAGCACAGAUUUUUGCUCGAAAAUGCUGCCUCCAUAAUAAACAAGACUCCAGAAUACGUAUUGGAGGGUGUGUUUGAUGCAGACGUUCACAUCGACAUAUUGGAUAGUGCUGUUGCUGAGGGCGGCAGAAAUUGUAUAGUUUUGUGUGAUGCGUUGUUGCCACCUCUAAAAAUGGAAUCUGGCCGCUUCGUACCAAAUCAAAAGACAUGGAUGGAACGAGCAUACAUAUCGGAUACAUCCACAAUACCCGUGCAGGGACGAUGCGUGGCGAUGUACAGAAUCAAGAACAAAGCUAUUGAUGUGAAAAAUGUUGCAGAUGAUUAUUAUUUAGUACACAUUGAUAUAAGUUCGGAGAAGGACAACGUAGUAUCCGGUAUAUACAAAACAAUGGUACAAGUGUACGUACCCGCGUUAAAAGAAUGCCAAGCUUGGGGUGAUCUCAACCCUCCCAAUCCAAGAAGUGGAGAUAUAAUUCCGUCAUACAUUUCCAAGAUUAUGUUGUUUAUAGAUUAUCUUGAAAAAACGAAAAUUGAUCUCGACUGCUGCACGAUAUUCAAAAUAAACUAUAUGUUGUAUGAGGACGAACUAUCAGAUCAAGAGAAGAUGAAACACGCUAUUACUAAAACUAACGUAUUAGAAGAAAUCUGCAAAUUUGUUAAGCAAUGGAUGAAACAGAUUACAAUGGUAUUGGUACAAAGUCAGCAGCUGCGACGUGAGCCGUCCAACAUUGGCCCGCUCGCUGAACUGGACUAUUGGAGGCGUCAGCUAACGACUUUCACGUCAAUAAUAGAGCAUAUCAAGAGUGAAGCAUGCCAAAUGUACAUCCAUACACUUAUAAGAGCCAAAUCUAAGCUUAUCAAGAAAUGGCGAUUACUAGAUAAUCAAGUUACGGACUAUUAUAACGAAGCUAAUGAUAAUGUGAAGUAUUUAUACGCUUUGGAAAAAUACUGCGAACCGUUGUAUAGAUGUGAUCCGGUAACCAUGCAUCAACAUAUACCAGGCUUGUUGUACACGGUGCGAAUGAUUUUUGCGACAUCUCGCUACUACAACACAACCAAACAGAUAUCUACGCUCCUGGUCAAAGUCACCAAUCAGAUCCUCAACAUGUGCAUGGACUAUUUGACUAAGAAAGGCAAAAAGACGAUCUGGAAUCAGGAUAAGCAAAACUUCAUUAAGAAAGCGAGGCUUUGUCUGAGUCUAUACAGCUUUUAUCGUGAGUGUUAUGACGAGACGCAAAAGGAGAUGAUGGCGGCAGCUGACGAGAGACCCUUCGAUUGUUCAGAAAUGUACAUCUUCGGAAAAUUUGAAACUUUCCGGAAACGUUUAUUAAAAAUAAUAGAUUUAUUUCAAACGUAUAUUACUUAUUAUGUUUUGAAUAAAACGACUUUAGAAGGCAUCGAAGAGUAUGCAGCGAAUUUUAACAAGCUUUUUAAAACGAUCUCAUCUAAAACAUACGAUGCUUUAGAUCACAGGCGACCAGAUUUCGAUAAAGAUUACAAGAGUUAUAAAGACCAUGUGGCCAAUCAGGAGCUGUUGUUGGAGAAUUUUAUGAUAAAUAGCGUGAACUUAUGUCCGACAACUGAAAUUGCUUUAAGCUUAUUGAAACGCUUUGAGAAAUUAAAACUGGACUGUUUAUAUUUGGAAGAUCAGUAUUACGAUUCGAUACGUAAUUUUACUGCGGAAAUUGAAAACAUUCGUGACAGGUACAACGAAGAAAGAGAAAAUCCUGAAUUGCCGAGGAAUAUGCCGCCAGUGGCUGGUAGAAUAAUGUGGAUAAGAUUUUAUAAUAAAAAUAUUAAAUUACCAAUGGAAGAGUAUAAAAAGCAUCACGAAGUUAUCACUCAUAUGAAUACUCAACGAUGCAUCAAACUUUAUAACGUCAUGAGAAUCGUAUUUACUGAAUUUGAAUUAAUUUAUCAUAGCGCUUGGCAAGAAAAUGUAGGACAGGUGAGGUUGGGUUUAAUUGCUCCUUUGCUGAUUCGACACCCGCUCACCAAUUUGUACGUUGUAAAUUUUAACGUUUACAUACCGGAAUGUAUCAGGGAGGUUGAAUAUAUGUGGCAAUUGGAAUUAAGUGUUCCCGACGCAGCUCAAAUAGUAGCAUACUGUAAAGACAGAAUUUUCUCCAACUUUGAACGUAUAAAAGCAUUAGUCGAUAGAAAUGAUAAAAUACGAAGGAGUAUGCCUAAGUUAUAUUUACCUCUACUACGGGCGCAACUUAUUAAGAUGGAAAAAGCUUUCCAACCUGGACUCUCUACUAUUACAUGGACUUCGUUAGAGAUUCCAGCAUACUGUGACAAUAUAUCCGAAAUAAUGGAUGAAGUCGACUUAUUCGUUAAAGAGGUUACAGACAUGAAAGAGGCUCGUAUAGACGAAAUUCUAAAGUCCAUAGCAAGUACAAUGUUAGUCUACUUACCAGUAAACGCGGUUGAUCCUAACAUAUUCUAUGAAGAAAAUUUAGUAAGGCGUGAUGAGAUAGCGCAAAGUCUGCAGCAGAAGUCGUGGAACGCAGAAUUAGCUGUUAUAGAACUUAUUAACAAAUUUUUAGGCAGUGUGCCUGCGCAAGCUAUAAAAGAUCUGAAAGAUAAAUGGUUAGAUCCCGAUAAAGCGUUGAAACCUGUAACUUCAGCGACUAGAGUUUUUCCUGAAAAUGCUGCUUUCUUAGAGAUAGAAAACCCCGACCGUUUUGAAGUGACACCUACUCUUAAUGAGUGUAAUGAGUUAUUCGCAUAUUUUGCAACGAAAUGCUUAGAAUCACUUAUCAAGUGUACAAGACAAAGUCUCGAUGUAUUGAGGAAACGUGCUUCUGUCUCUAGUUUUUUGACAAUGACCACCGAUCCCGAGGAACAGAAGAAAUUGAAGCCGCUAAUGUUAACGAUGAUGUAUCUGCAGAUACCGAGAAUUCUAAUCAAACCCACUUUAGAGGAAGUGCAAUCUGCGUUUUCACAAGUUGUUUUAAACUGUAUCAUGGAUAUACAUCGUAACGUAUACAUGUGGGGACAACAAGAUCAAAUUAAUAAAAUGAGGUCUGCAGGCGCUUCGUUAACAAUUACAAGAAGCAUAAGCGGGUCUAGAUCUGGCUCAAGUUUAGGUGGUGUAAGGAGCUACUUCCGAAUGGUGUCUGAACACAAAGAUAUCGUGAGAGCUGUGAUGGCGCUACAAGGAAUGAUGUACAUGUACAAGCCAGAUAUUGAAAAGUUAUUACAAGGUUACAAUAGAUUUGCUCAUCUCUGGGCAGAGGAUAGAGUGCAGCAAGUUCAAAGUUUUGUUGAUUCAAAUCCUCUCAACGUGAUCAUAAGAGACAUGCUAAAGAAGUAUGAAUCACAAACUGAGGAAGUUGUUAACUUACCUCCCAAACAUAUAAUUGGAUCGAUUCAAAUAGACACAGAUAAUCUUAAAUUGGCAUUACACGUUGAGUCAGUUGAAUGGAAGCGAAUUUUGGGAAAGUUAUUAAGUAAUUCGUACAGAGAACGCGUCUUAAAUUUGAUGCAAUUUAUCAAAGACCGCAUGAAGACGAUGAGCAAAAAGAUAAAGGAUUUGGAUGACGUCAGAGUUGCUAUGAUGUGUCUUGAAUUAAUCCGAGAAGAGUUUAUUGGGAUGGAUAUGGAGUUAGAUUUAAUAGAAGAAAGUUAUGCAACUUUUAGUCAAUUUGAUAUUGAUAUUCCUAAAGACGACGCGGAUAUGGUGUAUGGCUUACGUUACGCAUUUCAAAACAUGCUCAUUACUUCGCAACAAGUGCAACAAAAGAUAGUAGACAUGCAAGGACCGUUGCAAAUGGAGCUGACAGAAGGAGUGGAUACAUUCCUUACUGAUGUGUUAAAGUUCGAUGCGGACUAUGACUCGUUCGGACCCAUGACUCCAGGAUUGUCUGCGAGAGAGGCUAGCGACAGGGUCAUAUUGUUCCAAUCACGGUUUGACGAGCUAUGGCGUCGAUUCGAGAUGUAUUCCAGUGGUGAAAAGUUAUUCGGCAUGGAAGUAAAUGAUUAUCCUAUACUCCAUCAGAAGAAGAAAGAAUUCAAUCUUUUGAGCAAAUUGUACAGUCUAUACCUUGCUGUGAUGAAUUCCAUCGAUGGUUAUUUAGAAACGCCAUGGGUCGAAAUUGAUAUUGAACAAAUUGUAGCUCAAUUGGCCGAGUUUGAUUUAAGAUGUCGUAAGUUGCCAAGAGGUAUGAAAGACUGGCCAGCGUUUAUUGAUUUAAAAAAUAAAAUUGACGACUUUAAUCAAACUUGUCCGUUAUUGGAGCUGAUGGCGGAUAAGUCUAUGAAGGAGAGGCAUUGGAAGCGACUCGAAGAUCUAAUGCAUUGUGUUUUGGACGUGGAAUCGCCAACAUUUACGUUAGCGAAUGUGAUGGAAGCACCUUUGUUAAAGAAUAAAGAAGAUGUCGAGGACAUCUGUAUCGGUGCAGUAAAAGAAAAAGAUAUUGAAGCCAAACUCAAGCAAGUAGUUUCGGAUUGGGCGGUUGUCGAUUUAACAUUUGCUAACUUCAAGAAUAGAGGCGAACUUCUCAUCAAGCCGCAAGAAACUCUUGAUAUUAUCACAAUGCUGGAAGAUACCAUGAUGAUACUCAAUUCUUUAGCGUCCAAUAGGUAUAAUGCUCCAUUCAAGAAGGAUAUUAUGCUUUGGAUCAAUAAGUUGAUUAGUACAUCCGAUAUAUUAGAGAAAUGGUUGCAAGUGCAGAAUUUAUGGAUGUAUUUGGAAGCUGUGUUUGUUGGUGGUGACAUUGCCAAACAGUUGCCCGCUGAAGCGAAGAGAUUUGCUACAAUCGACAAAACAUACGUAAAGAUAAUGUAUCGGGCCCGUGAUAUAGUCAAUUGUGUGGAGACGUGCACCUCUGAUGAUUCUCUAAAGCAGUUGCUGCCGCAUCUAUUUGACCAGCUGGAGGCAUGUCAGAAGUCGCUCACUGGCUACUUGGAGACCAAACGACUUAUUUUCCCAAGGUUCUUCUUCGUAUCCGAUCCUGUACUUUUGGAGAUUCUUGGUCAAGCCUCAGAUCCUCACUCAAUUCAGGUGCAUCUUCCAAGCAUCUUUGAUGCUAUCUACACAGUUGAUUUCGAUGACAAGGAGAGAAUUGUUGCCAUGAACUCUUCAAACGGAGAGAAGAUAAAGUUAGAAAGAGCAGUUGCAUGCGUAGGCGGGGUCGAGAUUUGGCUGAACACUUUGUUAGAUACCAUGAAGGAUACAGUGAGGAAUAUUAUUGCUAACAUUUCACAAACAAUGUCUGGUGAUCCCGAAUUUGAAUUUUUGGUUGGAUUUUGGAAUUUCCCUGGACAGGCUAGUCUUUUAGGUAUGCAAAUUCUAUGGACAAGUGACGCUGAAUACGCUCUUAAGAAAGCUAGAGCGGAUCGCUUCAUCAUGAGAUUGACGAAUCAGAAGUUCCUUGAUCUGCUGAAUGGACUUAUUGAUCAGACUGUAAAAGAUUUGGUCCCACUUGAUAGAACAAUGAUAGAAACUAUGAUCACCAUACAUGUACAUCAAAGGGAUAUUUUCGAUGAUCUUGUAAAAAUGAGAAUCAAGAAUAUUGGAGACUUUGAGUGGCAAAAACAAGCUAGAUUUUACUACUUUGAAGAUACUGAUGACUGCGUCGUUGGAAUAACAGAUGUCGACUUCUUAUAUCAAAAUGAGUACCUGGGUAUCACUGAGAGGCUGGUGAUAACGCCGUUGACGGAUCGUUGCUACAUUACGUUGUCGCAAGCAAUCGGCAUGAGCAUGGGCGGCGCGCCCGCCGGCCCCGCGGGCACAGGCAAGACUGAAACCACUAAGGAUAUGGGUCGCGCUCUUGGGAAGCUCGUCAUCGUCUUCAACUGCUCUGAUCAAAUGGAUUUCAGAGGAUUGGGUCGUAUUUACAAGGGCCUUGCGCAGUCUGGCACAUGGGGCUGCUUCGACGAAUUCAAUCGUAUUGAGUUGCCCGUACUUUCUGUCGCCGCUCAACAAAUUUACAUCUGUCUCACUGCAAGACGAGAAAAGAAAGAUUUCUUCAUAUUUAGUGAUGGUGACACCGUAAGCUUGAAUCCAGAAUUUGCAUUUAUCAUCACAAUGAAUCCUGGUUACGCUGGCCGGCAAGAGUUGCCUGAGAAUUUAAAGAUUCAAUUCCGUUCUGUGGCUAUGAUGGUACCAGACAGACAGAUCAUUAUCCGAGUCAAGUUGGCCAGUUGUGGCUUCAAAGAAAAUAUUUUGUUGGCUCGUAAAUUUUUCACUUUGUACAAACUUUGCGAGGAACAGUUGUCGAAGCAGGUGCACUAUGACUUCGGUCUCCGUAACAUAUUGUCAGUGCUUAGGACUAUGGGGGCACAGAAGAGAGCUAACCCUGACAGUACCGAAGAGAAUAUCAUGAUGAGAGUGUUGAAAGAAAUGAACGUAUCCAAGUUAGUAGACGAGGACGAGCCGUUGUUUAUUUCACUGAUUGAAGAUUUGUUUCCUGGUAUGAAGUUGACGCAAACUGUACAAAGGGAAAUGCAACGCGGAAUAACCAUAGUAACUGAACGAUCAGGCCUCGUGAAUCAUCCAGAGUGGAAUCUAAAAGUUAUCCAGUUGUAUGAAACUUCUCUAGUACGACACGGUUUGAUGACAAUGGGCCCCACGGGGUCUGGAAAGACUACUUGUAUCCAUACACUGAUGGAUGCAUUAACUGAACUGGGUAAACCGCAUAGAGAAAUGCGAAUGAACCCCAAAGCUAUAACAGCGCCUCAAAUGUUCGGAAGACUGGAUGUCGCUACCAAUGAUUGGACCGAUGGUAUCUUUUCAACACUUUGGCGAAGAGCUUUAAAAGUGAAAAAGUCUGAUACCACUUGGAUUGUAUUAGAUGGCCCAGUUGACGCUGUAUGGAUUGAGAAUCUUAAUUCAGUGUUAGACGACAACAAGACAUUAACUCUAGCUAAUGGAGACCGGAUCACGAUGGCUCAGAACAGCAAGCUAGUGUUUGAGCCUGACAAUGUGGAUAACGCAUCGCCGGCUACUGUCAGCCGAAUGGGGAUGGUAUUCUUAUCCUCUUCAGUGUUGAAAUGGCAACCGAUUUUGGAGGGAUGGUUAAGAAGGAGACCACCCAGAGAAGCCGAUGUAUUACGUGUUGCUUUCAACAAAGUAUACGAUGAAGUCCAUACCUAUGUUCAACAAAGAUUACCUGCCAAAAUGGCGCUUUUAGAAGCUAUCUAUAUUCGACAAUGUAUCGACGUACUAGUUGGUCUGUUGGAAAUAGAAGUUCCUGGCGGAAAAACUCACACGGAUCGUCAUUUGGAGCGUCUGUUUAUAUUUGCCCUGAUGUGGUCUCUCGGAACGGUGCUGGAGUUGGACGCGCGCACGCGAAUGGCUGAGUUCAUGACGAAGUUGCCAGUGAGGAUGGAUUGGCCGGGCUCUAAGUCGAAAGAGUGGGUCAUGCCUUUUGAAUACAUGGUUAACGAGAGUGGUGUUUGGCAGCACUGGUCAGAAAGCGUUGAGGAUUACAUUUACCCGCCUGACAGCAUACCAGAAUACGCCUCUAUAUUAGUACCUAACAUUGACAACGUAUGCAUAUCGUUCUUGAUAGACACAAUUGCUAAGCAGAAUAAGGCCGUGUUGCUGAUCGGGGAACAAGGCACGGCUAAGACAGUCAUGUUGAAGAGUUACAUGCAGAAAUACGAUAAUGAAGUAAAAUUGUUCAAAAUGAUAAACUUCUCGUCUGCUACCACACCAAAUAUGUUCCAGAGAAUCAUCGAAUCGUACGUGGAAAAGCGCGUGGGUAUGACUUACGGCCCUCCUGGCGGUCGCAGCAUGACGGUCUUCGUCGACGACAUCAAUAUGCCGGUUGUCAAUGAAUGGGGUGAUCAGGUAACUAACGAGAUUGUACGACAAAUGAUGGAAUGCGGAGGAUUUUAUUCCCUAGAUAAACCGGGAGAAUUUAUUAUAAUCGCUGAUAUUCAAAUGUUCGGUGCUAUGAUACAUCCAGGUGGCGGACGUAACGACAUUCCACCUCGUUUGAAGAGACAAUUCAACAUAUUUAAUUGCACUCUUCCAAGUACUGUUUCAAUGGACAAGAUUUUCAUAACAAUUAGUGCUGGCUAUUUUUGUAAGGCGCGAUUCGAUAAAAAGAUUGUAGAUUUUAUGCCACGACUUGUUCCAGUCACCCGAUUAAUAUGGCAACAAACUAAGAUAAAAAUGUUGCCGACUCCGGCGAAAUUUCAUUAUGUUUUUAAUUUACGUGAUCUAUCAAGAAUAUGGGAAGGAAUCCUCUAUAUCAAGAAAGAGGAGUUACCAAAUAUAACAAUUGCUAUGAAGUUAUGGUUCCAUGAAUGUUUGAGAGUAAUUUCAGAUAGGUUUACAACAUUCGAUGACAAAGAUUGGUUUGUGGAGAACUUUUGGAAGAUCGCUGCACAUGAACUUCCCGACGUAGUUAAUGACUUCCCGACUGAAGACACGUAUUUUGUUAACUUUUUGCGAGAGCCCAUUGACCCGACGGGUGAUGAGGAUGAAGACUUCAGUACUGAAGCUCCCAAAAUAUAUGAAGAGUUGCCAUCAUGGGAAUUUGUAUUAAAGAAAUUGGCACAGUUUCAAGAUCAAUUUAAUGAGCAAAUUAGAGGUGCUCACCUGGAUUUGGUAUUUUUCCACGAUUGUAUGGUGCAUUUGUUUAUUAUAUCGCGAAUUAUCAAUACACCAAGAGGUAACGCUUUGCUGGUGGGUGUCGGUGGAUCUGGUAAACAAAGUUUAACCAAAUUAGCUUCGUUUAUAGCUAACUUUAAAUUUUAUCAAAUCACUUUGACAAGGUCGUAUAACGUCAACAACUUUAUGGAUGAUAUAAAGAUUUUGUAUCGAACAGCGGGACUUCAGGGUCUUGGCAUUUCCUUUAUAUUUACUGACAAUGAUAUUAAAGAAGAACAGUUCCUUGAAUUUUUGAAUAACAUUCUCAGCUCGGGAGAAAUUGCUAAUCUUUUCCCUAAAGAAGAAAUGGAUGAAAUUCUCAACGAAUUAACUCCUAUUAUGAAGAAAUAUGCACCGAAAAGAAUUCCGGUUCCCGAUGUGUUGUACGAAUAUUUUAUUAUGAGAUCUAGAGCUAACCUCCAUGUUGUUUUAUGCUUCUCACCGGUCGGUGAGAAAUUCCGUAGCAGAGCUCUGAAGUUUCCUGGUCUUAUUUCUGGAUCAACAAUGGAUUGGUUCCAAAAAUGGCCUAAAGAGGCAUUAAUAGAAGUGGCUCAACAUUUCCUAUCUGGCUUUAAGAUUGUAUGUUCAGAAGAAACAAAAACACAGUUAAUUGAAGUGAUGGGCAUGGUUCAAGACGAUGUCGCGAGCGCCUGUGUGUCUUACUACGAUAGAUUUAGAAGACAGACUCACGUUACUCCUAAAUCAUAUCUCUCUUUCUUAGAAGGCUACAAAGUUGUGUACAAAGAAAAGCAUAACAAUAUAGCUGAAAUGGCAAGAAGAAUGACUACUGGCUUGGAUAAGUUGGUUGAAGCUGCUGCUAGCGUAGAUAUAUUGAAAAAAGAGCUGGAGCUAAAGGAAUUGGAAAUAAAGGAAGCAACAGCAAAAGCUGAAGAGGUGUUAGCAGCUGUAGCAGAAUCGGCGGCAGCUGCUGAAGUUGUUAAAGCAGAAGUGCUGGAAGUGAAGGACCGAGCUGUUAAGCUUGUCAGCGUAAUUGCAGCGGAAACAGCUGUGGCUGAAGAUAAAUUGGCAGCGGCAAAGCCAGCGCUCGAUGCCGCUGAAGCUGCUUUACAGACUAUUAAUGCUGCCGAUAUAGCUACAGUGCGAAAGUUGGGUAAACCACCUUUCCUAAUUACUUUGAUUAUGGACGCUGUAAUAAUUCUCUUUAGAAAACGUAUCGAUCCAAUAAAACCAGAUCCGGAUAAACAAUUUUUGGUAGCUUCGUGGGCAGAAUCUCUCAAGGUUAUGGCCGAUGCUAGGUUUUUAAAUAACCUGAAAAAUUAUCCAAAAGAUGAAAUUAAUGCUGAAAUGGUUGACUUGUUGCAACCUUAUUUCAAUUUCAGUCAAUAUACCUUCGAAGCUGCGAAGAUUGCUUGCGGCAACGUUGCAGGUUUGAUAUCCUGGACUAUUGCAAUGGCACAAUUCUACGGGGUCAACAAAGAUGUGUUACCUCUAAAGGCGAAUUUAGCAGUAAUGCAGGGCAAGUAUCAGGCUGCCAAGAAAGAAUUGGAAGCUGCGGAAGCAUUAUUAGAAGCUAAAGAGCGCGAAUUGGCUGGAGUGCAGAGAGAAUUUGAUCAGGCAAUGGCACUGAAACAGGCAGUCUUGGAUGACGCAGCUAAAUGUCAGCAGAAGAUGGACGCGGCUACAGCAUUGAUUAAUGGUCUGAGCGGAGAACGAGUGCGAUGGACUGAACAAUCCACUCUAUUCAAGGCUCAGAUAGAACGUCUCGUUGGAGACAUUUUGUUCCUCACUGGAUUUUUGUCUUACUCUGGACCAUUCAAUCAAGAGUAUCGCAACUUAUUAGUUUGUAAUUGGUUGAGCGAAUUGCUGCGACGCAAAGUACCGGUCUCCAUGAAUUUAAGUAUUACGGAAGAAUUAACUGAUACAGCUACGAUUGGUGAAUGGAAUUUAUAUGGGUUACCAACAGACGAGUUGUCAAUACAGAACGGUAUCAUUGUGACGAAGGCGGCUCGGUUCCCAUUACUUAUAGAUCCGCAAACACAAGGCAAGAUCUGGAUAAAGAACAUGGAGAGAUAUAACGAUCUCAUUGUCACUACGUUAAAUCACAAAUAUUUCAGGAAUCACAUUGAGGACUGUGUGUCACUCGGUAGACCGUUAUUAAUUGAGGAUGUCGGAGAGGAAUUGGAUCCGGCGCUGGAUAACAUUUUGGAGAAAAAUUACAUUAAAAUUGGUUCUACAUUUAAAGUAAGACUCGGUGACAAGGAAAUUGAUGUCACGCAAGGUCAUAAGAUCUACAUUACUACAAAGCUACCUAAUCCCGCGUACACUCCAGAAGUUUCUGCAAGAACCUCAAUAAUCGACUUCACUGUGACGAUGCAAGGGUUGGAGGAUCAACUAUUGGGUCGUGUAAUAUUAACGGAGAAGGCUGAAUUAGAAUCGGAGCGAACGCAUCUGAUUAUGGACGUAACUUCGAACAGACGCAAAAUGCAGGAGUUGGAGGCGAAUUUGUUGCAUAAAUUGACCACUAUACAAGGUUCUCUAGUCGAGGAUGUAACCUUAAUUCAAGUGCUCAAUGUCACCAAAGCAACUGCUACCGAAGUAAGAGAAAAGUUAGACGUGGCAAAAGAAACAGAAAUAAAGAUAAACACAGCGAGAGAGGAAUUCCGUCCCGUGGCGACUCGCGGCUCCGUGUUGUAUUUUUUGAUUUGCAACAUGUCUCUCGUGUGCAACAUGUACCAGACCUCGUUGGCGCAGUUCCUUGAACGAUUUGACAUAUCGAUGGAAAGGUCACCGCCCAGCCCUAUUACCAUAAAGAGGAUUUGGCACAUCAUUGACUAUUUGACAUUCGAUGUUUUUAAAUAUAUCUGCCGAGGUUUUUAUGAGAAACACAAAUAUCUUUUCACUCUUCUGUUAACGCUUAAAAUUGAUUUACAAAAGGAAUAUAUCACAUUCGACGAGUUCCAAACAUUUAUUAAAGGCGGUGCCGCUUUGGAUCUAAAUGCAUGUCCUCCUAAACCAUUUAAAUGGUUGACUGACAUGUCAUGGUUGAACCUCGUCCAGCUUUCCAACUUACGACAGUUCACAAAUAUUUUGAACCAAGUGAAUAACAAUGAAAAAGGAUGGAAAACUUGGUUUGAUAAGGAAGCGCCAGAGGAUGAGCCGCUGCCGGACGGUUACCACACACUGGACGUGUUUAGGAAGUUGCUGGUGGUCCGCGCUUGGUGUCCGGACAGAACAUUGGCUCAGAGUUUAAAAUAUGUCGUACAUUCAAUGGGUGCAAGAUUCUCCGAAGCUGUAAUAGUCAACUAUGAACAUAUGGUCCUCGAGUCACGUCCGCUGGUGCCUUUGAUCGGAUUUCUUGCAAUGGGGUCGGAUCCGACGCCUUCAAUAGAAAUGACGGCAAAACGGUUGGAGUGUAUUUGUCAGAGUGUCUCCAUGGGCCAGGGGCAGGAGGUGCAUGCCAGAAAAUUGAUAGACCGUGGCCUUAAAGAGGGUAUUUGGGUACUGCUACAAAACUGUCAUUUAGGUCUGGAAUAUAUGGUUGAAAUUAUGGAACAGUUUUCGGAACUGGAAAAGGAACCGGAAAAAAUUCACGAAACAUUCAGGCUAUGGAUUACAACUGAAGUUCAUCCAAAGUUUCCUAUAACAUUGUUGCAAAUGUCUAUUAAAUACACUUGCGAACCUCCAUCAGGAGUCAAAGCUGGUCUCAUGAGGACUUACGAUUCCAUGAGUCAAGAUUUUCUAGACUACAGCGACAGUCCUUUCUAUUUACCUUUAAUUUAUACGAUAUCUUUCCUCCACACCGUGGUGCAAGAGAGACGCAAGUUUGGUCCGCUCGGUUGGAACAUUCCUUAUGAGUUUAAUUCUGCAGAUUGGCUCGCCUCUUGCAUGUUUGUGCAGAAUCAUCUCGAUUCGUUGGAGGUCGGACAGAAUAUUAGCUGGACGACUGUACGUUACAUGGUAUCAGCCGUGCAGUACGGUGGCCGAGUCACCGAUGACUACGACAACCGUCUCCUCUGCACUUUCUGCAGGGUGUGGCUCUCCGACCAGCUGUUCUCUGAGAGCUUCCAGUUCUAUAAGGGCUACGGUAUCAUGACCUUUAAAAAUAUUCCCGAAUAUAUUGAGGAAAUCGAAAAGAUGAAGACAGUCGAUCCACCUCAGACUUAUGGCUUGCAUACAAAUGCGGAUAUCACAUAUCAACGCAAUGUGACUCAAGAACUACUCGAUACAAUACUGUCUAUUCAACCUAAAGAGUCCAGUUCGGGUGGAGGUGAGACCCGUGAGGCGUCGGUCUAUCGACAAUCUAAAGAAAUGCUUGAGAAAGUUCCACCAAACUUUGAUCCUAAUGAAGUAAAAGAGAGGUUAAGGUUAUAUGGGAUGUUGAAUUCAAUGGUGAUUUUCCUUCGACAAGAGAUUGAUCGAAUGCAAAAAGUCAUCACGUUAGUAAGAAGUACAUUGAAAGAUUUGUUGCUGGCAAUUGAUGGAACUAUUAUAAUGAAUGAGGCAUUGCGAGAUUCUCUGGACAAUAUCUAUGACGCAAAAGUACCAAACAUUUGGUUAAGGAGAUCUUGGUCUUCCUCGACGCUUGGUUUCUGGUUUACCGAAUUCUUAGAGAGAAACACACAGUUUUCGACGUGGUGUUUCCAAGCAAGACCGUUUUCCUUUUGGAUGACUGGAUUUUUCAAUCCACAAGGUUUUCUGACUGCCAUGAGACAAGAAGUAACCAGAGCACAUAAGGGUUGGGCACUGGAUAUGGUCGCUUUGCACAAUGACGUCACCAAAUACGUUUACGAGGAGAUAAAAGCGCCACCGCCGGAGGGUGUAUAUGUUCACGGCGUGUUUUUGGACGGCGCGGGCUGGGAUCGCCGUAACAGCCGUCUCUGCGAGUCCACGCUAAAGGUUCUUUAUGCCGCUCUGCCAGUGGUUCACGUUUACGCCAUAAAUUCUACGGCACCUAAGGAUCCAAAGCUGUACCAGUGUCCUGUGUACAAGAAACCAUGCCGCACGGACUUGACAUUUAUCACACCUCUAUGGCUGCCCACGAUUAAAAACCCUGAUCAUUGGAUCCUAAGAGGAGUCGCCAUCUUGUGCGAUAUCAAGUAAACCGACAGCUGUUACUCGGUCAAGGAAACACAAUAUGGCUGUACAGCCAAUCUCGCAUCACAUCUGGCGAAGCCCUGUGUUUUUUUUGAUACGAUAUCUUUUCGACUGAAGUAGUUUUACUUGUUAAUCUAGUCUGGCGUAAUUUUAAUUAUAUUGUGGUUUAUUUAUAAAAAAAAGAUGUUGUUAA